CGAGUUUAGCUCGAUUCUCUAUUAUUUUAUUUUAUUUUUCUGAUUUUUUUUACUGAAUUUUCAUCUCUUCCUUUUGUUUCCAUUCUCCUCUUUUACUGCUGAAAAAUCAGGAUUUUUAUGUAAAUUUUCUGAUAUUUCUUUUAUUUGCCGAGAUUUCAUUUCUUUUAUCGUUUUUUUUUUCAUUUCCCUCUUUUACUACUGAAAACCAGGCAUUUGCAAUGUAAAUUUUUUCGAAAAUUUCGAAUUCUGAUAGUAUUAUCUCUUCCUUUGAUUUGAAUUUCUUCAUUUUCUACCUUUACUACUGGGAAGAUCUGAUUUGAGAAAUUUGCAAGAAGGUCCAAGCUUGAUUGUUAGAUUCUAAUGGCUAUCGAUUGCUUCCAUCAUUAGUGACCACUGUCUCAUCCCCCAUGAGCUCAACGGUCUCAACAUCUCGGGCAAUACAUCCGCCAAAGAGGCUUGGCAUGAGUGAAUCACCACCAGCACGCACUUCACAUUCUUUUAGUCAAUCUGACCCGGAGCUCAGUGACAAUGACGAGGCAGAACUACUGUCUGUAUCUUGGAACCAGGACUAUGGAUGCUUUGCUGCCGGCACAAGCACUGGUUUUCGAAUCUAUAAUUGUGACCCUUUCAAGGAGACCUUCAGAAGGGAUUUGAAAAGUGGUGGAUUUGGAAUAGUGGAGAUGCUGUUUCGGUGCAAUAUUCUGGCACUUGUUGGCGGCGGAGCUAAUCUGCAAUACCCACCAAACAAAGUUAUGAUCUGGGAUGAUCACCAGAGUCGUUGCAUUGGUGAAUUUUCUUUCAGAUCUGAAGUUCGUGCGGUGAAACUAAGACGUGAUCGCAUAGUUGUGGUUCUUGAACAUAAGAUCUAUGUGUACAACUUCACGGAUCUGAAGCUUCUUCAUCAGAUAGAGACCCUGGCUAAUCCGAAGGGACUUUGCUGUCUUUCACAUCAUUCAAAUACCUCUGUGUUGGCUUGUCCAGGUCUGCACCGGGGACAGGUUCGGAUUGAACACUUUGGUUUGAAGAUGACAAAGUUCAUUAAUGCGCAUGAUUCUAACAUCGCAUGCUUCACUUUGACUAUGGAUGGGCUUCUUCUUGCAACUGCUAGCACAAAGGGCACUUUGAUUAGGAUUUUCAACACAAUGGAUGGGACCCGCCUGCAAGAGGUCCGUAGGGGAGUAGACAGAGCGGAAAUUUAUAGCAUUGCUCUGUCGCCGACUGUUCAGUGGCUGGCAGUGUCUAGCGACAAAGGUACUCUUCAUAUAUUUAGUCUCCGAGUUCGAGUGGUGGGGGAGGACUCAUCAAACCAUCCUACCAAUGAUCAAGGACCAGCAAUGGUCUAUCAGAACUCGUCGAAUUUUCUUGAUGCCCUCAUAUCUGCAAACACGGGUGCCAAUCAAAGCUCUUCAUUAUCAUUUAUGAAAGGGGUGUUGCCAAAAUAUUUUAGUUCUGAAUGGUCAUUUGCUCAGUUCCGCUUACCUGAAGACAGUCGAUUUAUCACUGCAUUUGGAUCACAGAACACUGUCAUAAUCGUCGGCAUGGAUGGAAGUUUCUAUAGGUGCAGCUUCGAUCCUAUAAGUGGAGGGGAGAUGACACAACAGGAAUAUGUCCGGUUUCUUAAAACCGAUAACCGCCUGAGGCCUGGCCCAACCUAAAAUUUGCAGAGUAUCCAGAUGCUUUUAUCCAUGUAUAUACGGAACUGAAUAAUGUCCCUGUAUAUUUGCACAUAUCUCUCUUUUUUUCUUCUUGUAACUCUGUAUGACCGAAUAACUGUGAUCCAUCUCCUUGGCUCUGUUGUUCAUCUAAUGUCUGUCACUGCAUGGUUUGGAUCC